AGUGUUUGUUUUUCAAAAAAAAUUCAAAUUUGAUGGAGAAAAUGCAAUUUUAAAUACCAACACGCCUAUUCCGCUAGUAAUUUUGUAACUUGGUUUUCUCCACUUUGGAAGCAGCUAGAACAAAAAAAUUUUCACUGUUAAAUAGGGCAUUGUUUACACUAUAUAUACCGCUAUUCAAAACAGAAAAUUUCGUACCUACGAUUUUUUCAGAAAAUGCCGCCUAAAUGCCCACUGUGUCAAGGACCGUACGAGAACAUAUGAAAUAUCGUUGUAUGUUCUUACAACUUUACGCCCCAGUUGAGCACAAAAUAAAGUACAUGUGUUAGAAACGUGACUAAACACGAUCCUUGGUCGUUUGAAUGUACCAAUGCUAGAAAAUAUCAAUAAAGAAAAAAAUAGGAGAGAUAAGAAGGAAUAAUAGCAAAAAGCAGUCGUAUCAGCUUGGAUGUUCAGAUGAAUUUCUCAUAAGAUCUUAUGAACUCUUAUAUAGUCUUGUGUCCUAUACAAAAGAUGAUUUUGAGAUUAUGCAUAUAUGACGGGAUUGGUAAGGCGAGAAGUGUGAAUCCACCAAAAAAAGGAGUUUCAAUUUAAUAAAAAAACUUUCUCGAUGAAAUCGCGUAACGUGUUCCCUUUAAGACUUGUGAAAUAAGACAGGCUUUUGCGCAGUCGCGUUUUUGUUGUGCUUGUAUGAAAGGUGCUCUCGAAUGUAUUACCGCGAUCACUAUUUUCUAGUGAUUUUCGUCCACUACUAAUAAAUGAGUCGCACUCUUCUUAUCUCAAACUCGCGAUUCGACUAUGCAAGAUUUAUGACGUGAUCGCUUAUCCUCACUCCCACUCUUAUCCAAUUCUUUCUCUUAUAAUUUAUGUAAUAAAACUUUUAUAAUUUUUCUUUCCAAGUAAAUGAAUAUCAAGGUUAACAUUUGACGAUCUAACUAAAACGAAUAAUUACUGAGACGUAAUAAAGCGUUGAAAAUUUUUCAAAAGCCGUUAGAAACUACAUACUAUGAGUCAAGCAAAACAAAGCAGUAUAUGAGAUUUGCCACGAGAGCUCUGUUCAAUAGCGCGAGCGCGGCUGGUCGAAAAAACCGCCGGAUGGUUUUGAAACUUAUUUGAAAAUUUUGAAAAAUUGUCGUUUUGUGAGUCAUAGUUUAGGGCGAUCGAUGUAAGAAAAAUUGUCGCCUCAAUCGCGAAUUAGAAAUUUGCCUGAAAAAUAAGAGUUCGACCAAGAAACUUGAUUUGGACAGUUUUUCGGUGUUGGGUCAGUUUAGUGAAUAGAGCUAUCCUUAAUUUUAACCAUGUUUAAAAUGUGAUUAUACAAAUCGCGAUUAAUAUUAAUCAUGAUGAACUCCUGUAAAGAUUACGCACUGCAUUAAUGGUUUCGAAAGAAAGGAGAUUGCUUUGUCGGAAAUCUCACUUACUACUGUCAAUAUAUAUAUUCCACAUUCUGUUUUGCCUCGUAUCUUUUUGAGAAACAACAUUAAAAACUAUUGUUUUGAGAUGAGUAUUCUGGCCCAUGCGGAAAGAAUCUACUGCCCGUUCUAGUCAAUAAUUCAAAGAAAUCCAUGAGGAAUCGCUUUCAGGACUUUCGGAGGAAUUUUAUGUGCCCCUGCGGUAGCUUUCGUGAAAAAUAGAUAAUUGAGUGUUUGAGAUCCACCUACUGUUAUUAUUAAGUUAAAAAGAGAAAUUUAAUACAUGCCAUUAUGUUAAUAGCCUUUAGCAGUCAUCAAUCAAUAUGCUGAUGGUAACUCAUUAAGGAAAAAGUUUAGCAAAUUUUUUUGAAAAAUUAGCAUUUCUGAUAUAACAUAUAAGGUGACCGAACGAACUGGUAAGAAAAAGUGGCAAGAAUCUCCUUUGAAGUUCCAUAAAAAACAGUAAUCCCUAGAAAGCGUUUGAGGAGCUAUGGUAUUUCAUUAGGUAUGAGAUGCCGAUAAGGCUAAGCAAUAUGAACCAAUAUAAGAGUCUAAAAUAUUGCACUCCACUCCUCAUUCCUUCUGGAAACUUUAUUACACCCGAUUUAUUUGUGGCAACUUUAAAGUACUAGUACGAAAAGAAGACUUUUCGCAAAUUAAUCGAGAACAGUCCAUCACUUUUGCAUAGUUUGUCACUGUAGAAUGUAACUUUUGAUCAAUUAGACCCUUUUCUCAGUUUUAUAUAAGGCUUGUCAAAAUCAUGAUUGGCCAUCUGUAUGGUGAUCUUUAAUCACUGUCGAUUAUCGUUAAUCAUAAUUAAAAUUAGUCGCGUCCAUACCCUUAAUCAUAAUUAACGCUUCUGGAUGUGUAUAGUGUAUGAGUGAAUAGAAGAGACACGUCCGCUCAAGACGAUGACAGAAGAGGAAAUGAAAAAGAAUAAUUUUUUGGAAUACAAAUGUCACGUAAUAAUAAUCUCUGGGGAGUAAACAAGAAUUCUAACUAAUCACUAGACAUUACAUCUUUAACAUAUCUAUAAGAGUCGUGAGUGGCUGUGUUCUGUUCGAUGUUAAAUUUUUUAUUAUACUUUAAAAAUUCAAUACAGUAAGAUAGAUAGAAAAGAGAAUCCCUGACAUAAACCAGUGAGUAAAAUUGACAGACUCAGAUUGUCUUCUCUUUCUUCAUCAGUGUAAUCAACGUUAUUUAUAUCGACUAUUGUAGACGAAUCAUAUUUUCUAGCACCAUCUUAGAUCUAACUUUUCAAUUGAUCUGAUCCAUUCGAUACUUCAGCCUCGUCUAACAUAAUAAUAAAAAAUUGAAAACUAUUAUACAGAAAUUGAUAUCUGCUCUAUGAUUUUAUUACAAAUCUCUUCCUGAGUCUGUGUAAGAUCAUAUUUUAUUUGUCGUGUAUUCUUUCUUUAGGUUGUCGAUACGAUUUAGACGUGUGUAAUGUUUACGAACAAUGUUUUGACGAUAGUUUAUUUGGACAAUGUUUAAGUGGUAUCGAUGAAGGACAAAAUACAAAUCUGCUACCAUUCGGAAACAUUCUAAGUGAUGAUAAAUUAAUUGCACUUGAUAUUACAUUUGAUUUUCUCAAACGUUAUCAGUUGAAUUGGAAAGAUUAUGUCACACAAUGUAUUCUAAUUCGAAUAUUGAAAAAUCAAGAUAUUCUUGACAAGAAUACAUUAGAUGAAUUUUAUGUUCAAUGUAUAAAUGAAGAUGAAACACUGGACACUAUUGUCUCGAAUAACGAAAACAACGACGAUAAUGUUUUAUAUCUCCCGGUAUCGAUAUCAAACAAAUAUGAGAAUAAUCAUCGUCGGUAUGUUGAAACUGAUAAUGAUCGACCACGUGAUGUUGAAUUAAACGAAUAUGAUAUAGAGCCGUGGCAAGAUAAUAGAAAAAAUCUACGAAAAAAAAUAUAUUCUGGUUUAGAAAUAUACUAUGGAAUGUGGCGUGAUCCUUAUAUCACCAAUCAAGCAUCUUCAGCCAAUUUUAUGAUUGAAACAUUACCGUAUCCAUCUUUAGAAUAUAAGAAUCGUAAACACAAAGUUAAUUUUCAAGAUGCAAUCUACAUGGACGACCCUGUAUCUGUUGAAGAACUUUACCGUUCUGAACCAAUUGCUGAUCAGUCAAUUAUGAGCGAAAAUCCACGAAAAAUAUCACUUGAAAUGAAAGAGAAACAUCCUGGCCUUAUUGUAACGUUACAAGUAAACAAUAACAGACAACAAUUUCCAGGAAACAUAAUUAGUCAAGAAACAAUGAUUGACAAAAAUGGUACAAGUGUUAAAGAACAGAGUGUGAACAAAACAAAUACGGACAAUAAUCGAUAUUAUAAAGUUGAAACAGAUAAAGGAUAUAUCGCUAUCAAUAGAGAAUUCAAAGAUCAAGUAGAAGGUUCAAAGUUAUUAGCUUUGAUUGCUCAAACCGAUGGAUGGCCACUAUCGAUGUUCAACGAAGUGAACGUUGAUCGAGAUGUUGUGACAUUUCAUUUAUUAGACAAUCCGUUUCGAGUAAACGCAACAAAUGUCGCCAGUUCAGCAUUUAGCAUACAAAAAGAUAUUGAAAGACAAUUGGGUGUACAUGUCGUUGAUGCUGGAAUCGGAGCUAGUCGAGGUCGUCAAUUACCCAUCGAACGUGAAAAUGGAUCAAAAAUUGUUUCAGUUACGAUUGUCAUUUGUCUAUUGGUGGCAUUUACGAUGGCAGCAAUUGGAAUAUUAUUUUUUAUUAAACGAAAUGUUCGAAUACGAGAUAAAUUGGCUGAAAUUACACAUAUCAAAGGUUUUUCAACGAAAGAUUAUCAAGAUUUAUGUCGUCAACGAAUGCAAAAUCAACCGCAAGCAAAAAUGCCUGACAUUCACAAUAUUUCAUCACAAACCAAUACAUCACAGACAAAUACUACAAGUGUAAAUAUUAAAAGUAAUAGUGAAGGAUCAUCGAAUCGAAGUUCGACAUCAUCAUGGAGUGAAGAACCACUUCCAACAACUAAUAUGGAUAUAAUGACUGGCCAUCUUAUCUUGAGCUAUAUGGAAGAUCAUCUUCAAAAUCGUAAUCGUUUGGAAGCUGAAUGGCAAGAAUUAUGUAAUUAUGAGAAUGAUCAAGGAACAUUUAUAACUGCAUUAUCAGACAUGAACACAAAUAAAAAUCGUUACAUUGACAUAUUGCCAUAUGAUCAUUCAAGAGUUUUAUUAACAAAUAAUUUAGAUAAAGAAAAUAACGAUUACAUAAAUGCAAGUCCAAUUACUGAUUCGGAUCCAAAAUGCAAAUAUAUAGCUACUCAAGGUCCUUUACCGCAUACAACAAAUGCAUUCUGGCAAAUGGUUUGGGAAAAUGGAAGUUCGGUUAUUGUAGCAUUAACACGACCUAUUGAAGAUGGUGUUACAAUGAGUCAUCAUUAUUGGCCAGUAGCUGGAAGUGAAAGAUUUACAGAUUUUGAAGUUAAUCUUGUAUCAGAACAUAUUUGGUGUGAUGAUUAUCUUGUUCGAAGUUUUUAUCUUAAAAAUGUUCAAACAAUGGAUACACGUACAGUUACACAAUUUCAUUUUCUAACAUGGUCAGAAUUAGGCACACCACCAUCAGCAAAAUCAUUACUCGAUUUUAGAAGGUAAGCAUCAGAUGUUUUUUCAAUGAUCUGUUUUCCAAGCAAAAAUCUAGAUACAUCUGUAUGUGCAACUAGCAAUCGAACGAUACAUCGAUAGUUGAAAACUGAGAAGAUACAUCUAGGAAUCGCCCGUCUACUAGAUAUCUACUGUCAUUAUCAAAGAACUGUAACCGAGUAAAAAUUUAGUUAUCUAAUUGAAUUUAUUUAGUAUUUGGAAUUGAUUAGACAUUAAUUAUGAAAUAGAUAUAGCACAAUUAUAAAUUUGAACUAAAUUAUAAAGACUAGUAGCAUAUGGUUUUUUUAUAUUGAUCAUGUCUAAAAUUGUUUACUGAUAAAAUGAAAAAAGUGCGAGAACAAUAUAAUUUCAAUAAGAAUAGGUUAUUUUGAAUUAGAUAUACAAGUCUAUACUUCUCCCGUCUCAACAGUUCAUUCUAGAUUCUAUAGAAAAUAAUGAAAGAAAAUUGAGUGCGUGCGCACAUAUCAAUGUUCAAAUUAUUUUUGGAAAAAUGAGUUAUUAUUCUGCAAGCUAUUUUUUUUGAAUCGAAAAAAAAAAAAAAAAAAAAAAAAAAAUUUUUUUUUUAUAAUUUUUUUUUUUGUUUUUUUUUUUUUUUUUUUUUUUUUAAAAUUUUUAAAAAAAUUAUAAAUUAUGAUGUGUUUUUUUUUG